CCAAAUCGCCAAUGGGUUACAAGUGGGGGGCAUAUCGCAGAAUAUCCUUUGUACAUUUUUGGUCGAAUUCGCUGAAAAUCAUUGGUGUCGGUCAAAGAAAUAUUUUGUUUUCUCCAGCGCGUGAGCUAGCACCUGCCGCUACCACUCCCGCAAUACUCAGCCGCUCAACCGGAGAAAUCGCCCUGACCGGCGGAGGGGUAAGUCUGAGUUGCAGAAACCUGAUUCGCGCGCAGGGACGGCGGAAGGAAGAGGCUCAGGUUGAUUUCCGCGCGCAGAUUUUGGCCGGCAUAUCAACUCACCGCUCCCAGACUAUUAAAGUGAGAAAUACUGAUUCCUGCGCGUAUUCGGUUCAGAGUUGAAGAAUGGCCAUGUAUAUCCGUGUUAAGCGUAGUAAGACAACUUACUUUAUCCAGUGUGAACCAACUGAGACAAGUUUAGAUAUUAAGCAGAAAUUGCAUGAUCUUACUGAUCAACCGGUCAAUGAUCAGCGCUUGAUCUUAGUCAGUACCGGGGAAGUAUUGGAGGAUUCAAAGACGUUGGCAGAUCAGAAGGUUGAAAAUGAUGCCGUUGUUGCAUUGGCCUUCAGAAAAGAUGACAAUGAGUUUGAAGAGGUCAACAUUGUACGACCAGACGACUUCUAUCAGUCUCGUGAUGCAGAUGCAGGCAAUUGGUGAAGUCGGAAACAUUGCUCCGGCGGUAGUCUAAAUCUGAGAUUGUUUCCUUCUCGUGCUCGGAUUUUUAGGAGAAUAAUUGUUAUAUUUAGCAAACAGUUGUGUUAAAGUCUGUAGAUGAAAUAAUUCAUUCAUGAAAUUGACAGCAUUAGUAGUAUUUGUAUGAAAUAAACAAAAGAUAGUGGUGCUAAAAAAAUGAUUAGACAUUGUUGGUCCUACUUUAUAUGAUGGAAACCUAACUUGGAUAAAUAUAAAAGGGUUAAAAUCGCAAA